AUGAGCGAUAUUCCUGACACUGACGUUGACUUGAACGAUAUACCAGCACCAGCUACACGAGCGCUUACUACAUUCCGUGGAGGCACACGUACGUUCAUCAAUGCGUCAUACGGACGCUCUGCGUAUGCUUGGCAUCAGCCACCGAUGCCACAAGAUUCCGGUCCACUUUUCCCUGCUGCACUGCGACAGUUACAACAGAAAUGCUCACCACAUGAUGCUCAUACCAUUGAUGGCUUCCCACCACUACCUUCUGCAACUGAUUCUCAUUCUACUACCGCCAAUAUUCCUACUACUCCUAUUGCUCUCCGCGACAUUUCUUUCAGCUCACCUGCUACUCCGUCCUGCUCCAGUCCUCCUUCAUCGUAUCAGUCUCGCGUUUUUAAUCAACAGCUACCAAGCGAUGCCAAGCGACUGUCCGCUUACCGUGCAAACGUCCCGGAUCGCAUUGUACCUUACGGAUUACGCGGAGCAGUUGAAUCAAUUUCAGAUCGGAACGUCAUUCCCAUACUUUCUUUAAAACACAAUUUCAGAAGUCAUCCGUAUUUGACACUCUAUCUGUCACAUGCCGCAUACAACGGUGAAUUAACAUCACCAUUAUUACCUAUUCAGCGACCACUUCUUGUUGACUCCGAUUUCCCCCUACCCGUCCAACAUGUACCACUACUGUUACUCCAUGCGCCCGGAACCAGCCUUCAGGAUAUUUAUCACUCGCGUCACAAUCCGGAACAAGAAAGUAUCGUUGAAAAGCUAGUAUGGCGCCUUCAUCAAAGCGUUAAAGCCUCAUCAGUGGUUAUCCUUUGUUUCUAUCUUGGAACCAAGCGUAUGAUCACACGAAGCAUG